UAAUUAUAAUCAGGCAGAAGUGCAAACGCCUGUAUAGUCAAAGGACCCCAGUUGUAGUGGAUCGAGUGGAGAACACAGUAAUCAGUGAUCGAGUUCAUAUCAUUAUUCAUUAAAUCGCAUUGUAUACAUCUUAAAUAUACUAAAACAUGAAAAUGUCAAAGAAGAAGAAAAGGCAAGACGAUUUCCAUAAAGUCAAGCUGAAAGUCGGCAAGAAAAAGCCCAAGGCGGAAAAUUCGACUAACGUCAACUUUAAAUCGAGGAGCAUCAGUUUACCGGAUCAGCUGAAGCGAGAUGAUGGAGGACCGACUACACACCGACAGCUCAGCAUUAAGGAUCUACUGUCCCAGCUGCACCAUUACAGCAGCACGGUGAAGCAGGGUGCUCUCGUAGGCCUUCGCGAACUGCUUUCGGCUCAUCCAUCCCUGCUCGAGCAGCAUGCCUCGGUUGUACUUUCCGAAGUCGCUGCACUCUUCACCGACAAAGACGGCGCUGUGCGGGCAGCCGGGUCUCGCCUCCUGCGCUUGGUGGCGCAGUGCAUGCCGGCCGAGCGCGUUGCUCCGUUCUUCCCUCUACUGGGCGCUCACUUGUCAUGUGCCAUGACCCAUGUUUCAACCAGCAUUCAGGAGGACGCGCUGCGGGUGCUGGACGUGCUGCUCGAACACUAUCCCGCCCUGCUAGCACAGAGACACACCGUGCUACUCUCCAACUUCCUCGAGCUCAUCUCGCAGAGGCGGAUAAGUGGCGGCAUGAGUAAGGGCGGAGCCAGUGGAAACCGGGCAGAGAAAGGAAGCUAUGCACUUUCUAUAAGCACUAGCCAAUCUGUUACAGCGCAGCAAUGGAGACUCACUGUUUUGCUCAGGUUGGGUCGGUUUCUUCAAGCAGUGGUGGAGGAGAGGCCUACAGAGGACGGUGUAGUUUGUGGUAGUGGCUUUGGGAUGUGGAGCGGAGAGAAAGGAAUGGUCACGCCUGUAGAAGUCAGCUGGGAGGAGCAGAUAUUCAGCAAAGAGAGCAUUCAAGUGUUUGAGAACUCCGGAGCAAAGCCCACACCGUGUUCAACGUAUCGUCUGAGACUGGAUCUAGAGCCUGGAACUGGAGCAAGCGAGGACCUGUGUUCAGCAGAGACAGUGCAGGGUUUCGCUGGUACCCUGGUGCCGCUCCUCCUGGAGGUGUGGGUGGAGGCUGUGGGCGGAGGACGAGCUCAAACAGACAGCAGGCACCUGCUCUCAGAGGAAGCCAUGGCACUCAUGUUCCAGAUCCUUACAAUACUGCAGCUCCUGAGACGUCUUGCUCCUCAGAAAGAGCAACAGGACAUGCUGGAUUCCUGGUUCCGAAAUUCAUACCUGAAUGAUUUCAAGCAGCACUUCAUGAGGAAUUUCCCCUACGGACAGCUAGAGGUUGCUAGACAUAAAAAGAAAAUGGAUGGGAAGAGGAACAGACAGCAGGCGAUUGGUGGCGUAAAUGCUGCAGGAACCGUAGAACCACUGGCUCUGAAUGUCAUGCUGUGUCAAGUAAUGGUGUCUCUCAGCCUGAGGGGGCGGGACCACAUCGCUGGCCAGGACGCUGACUGGCUCGGGCCAAUCCGAGCCUUUGUCACAGACACGCUGUCAAGUGGUGGGAAGCUGAGCUCGAAAUACCUGGCUGCCCUGUUGGAGGUGGUUUGGAGGAUGACUGUUACACAGAGAAGCCGUGCUGUGACGGAGGAGCUCCUACAAGCAGUGUAUGUUCAGUAUCAGCAGAAGAACUUGGUACUGUCUGUGCGGACCCUGUUGCUGCGUUUCUUUAGUCAACUCUACAUACAGGAGCAUCAGAACCAGCCUCAUAUAGCCAGGAGCAGGAUUUUGACACGUUGGUUGGUGUCUUUGCCGCUGCAGCUGGCGCAGUUGGGUGGCCGUAAUCCUCAGCUGUCCGCGCAUGUUUUGCAGACGGUGCAGUCAGCUGCAGCAUGGGGCAACAAAGACCUGCUGCACAGCUUGCAGACACAUGCAGGCAGCCUUUAUGAUCCUCAGGAGGGCUGUGUUGUGUUGUUGCCGAUGGAACAGCAACAGCGAUUGGUUCAGAUCCUGUUCUACCUGCCAGCGUUUCCUGCUGAUGUUCUGGCCUGCCUCAGUCAAGUGUGUAACACAGGCAGGGUUUCUGCAAGUCUUGCUGCCACACUCAUCCGCACCGUACACUUCAGGUCUCCUUUGAGUGGCUGGUCCAGCAGUUCGCAGGACGUGCCAGUGCGGGACGUGGAUUACUUCAGUUUUCUUUUUUCAACACUGACAGGUUUCUCAUCUGAGAGGCUGAGGACCCUACAACAGGCAGACGAUGAGGCACUGCUCCCCUCGUCAGCCCUCUCACCCCUCAGCGUGUUCACCACUCCACUCGAGCAGUUCAUGCACCACUGGGACGUAGUCGAGGAAGUAUGUCACUGUUUGGAGACGUUGGGUUCUCGAGGGCAGUGUUUUGAAAUCUUACAAAAUGGCAUCAUCAAGAACCUGUGCGGGUUGGUAGUCGUGCCGGACUGCACAUGUGCCGCGCUGUUGAGGUGCAUUCCACGCUUGCUGGAUCACAACCUCCUGCCCAACGACACACUUCUCCACUUCUUGGCUGACUGUUGUCUGAGCAUGCUCAGUCUGCUGCUGCAGCUCGAACAAAGCGCCCGCAAGAGAGAUGCAGUAUGGGAGGCCUGUUUUGCUGCACUAAGCACAGUGCCACGUCUUUUGCGACUGGUUCUGCAGUCUCUCCGUGUGUGUGACCUGUGCGAAGAGGAGCUUCCCCUGCUGGCUCAGAUCCUCUCUCUGCUCCUGCAACACACGCAGCUACGCAAUCACGUAGCCGCCAAUGCGGCCUUACUGCAGACCAUCAUCCAAGACCUGACGCGUUACCACGGUGGAGAGACCCGAGAGCAGUGGCUAACAGACCUGCUGUACUGCUACAGCGUGACGCUUUCGAGUCACCGUGCCAACAUCGCCAUGAGGGAGAUCUAUUAACCUCGCGAGCCCCCGUCUCGUAUCACCGUCUUUCGUCUUUCCAUGUUCACAAACGUUGUUUUUUUUUUUUUUUUAAUAGACUGCGAGGAAAAAUAAACAUGUUGGGAUAAUUAA